AUGGCGAUCGACGACGACGAUAAAGAGCGGAGGGAAAAGGCCGCAAAGCAUGAUGCAACUGUAGACCGUGUCCUAAACGCAAAAACCGAUAAUGAGGUACUUGGCUUGGACGACUGGUACACGUCUAAAUUGAUUAAAGAGCAGAGGAAAGAGUUUUACUUGAUCGUCCAUCCAGAUAAGUUUAUGGGCACAAAAUCAAAGGAGGAAGUAAAUCAGGCAUUUAACCGUGUCAAAAAGGCUCAGGAAAAUUUGGGUAUACCGCGCGACAAAGUAGAAAAAUCGGCAGAGCGCUAUCGGAAUAAUCACAGAACUGGGGACGUGGAGUAUUCUGACGACGAAGAUGAAGAUGAAGAUGAAGAUGAAGAUGAAGAUGAAGAAGAUAGUGAUGGCAUAAUCAAGCUCCCGACUGUCUUCCUUAACGAAAAACCACCACGACCACAACGUGAAUAUCAGGUUCUAUAUGAGAACGCCACCGCGAUCAUCUGGGAAAUCUACAAGAAUUCCGAAUUAAAGCCCGAAGAGCUUCUCCGCCCAAUUAAUAAGGAUAUCACUGCUUUAAACAAGGAAAACAAAGUUGGCUCAGACAAAUUUACAAUCACUUUUCCGACAUCCUAUGCCAGGUUUAGAGGGGAGAUAAAGAAGUUUGGACCGUCUUCAGAGACGCAAAUAAAUAAUAUCCUCCAGUCCCUAGACGCAUUAAUAUACGACUGGGUUGAAAAUUUCUACUUCCCGGAGUCGUGGCUAGCGACAUUUAUUUAUAAAGAUGGAAACAUAAUGCCCACUAAGUGGGUAGGGGCCCCCGGCACGCCAAAUGAAGAUGUCCCGAUGGGUGAAUCUAUACCAGAGGUCGGGAGUAUUUACAAGCAAGCUACAAUGUGGAUCAGAUGCCUCUACAAGAACCCACAGAACCAGAGAAUUAUACAGCGGCUUAAUAGCUUUAACAGACAAAUCAACUCCCUGAAUUCAUCGAAGGGUAGGGGUCCUAAGGAUAAUAUCAUUGGGUACCAUCCCAUUUGCCAUGCAGUUGGUGAAGUAUUCGCUCGCUACGCUGAUACAACCAAGAAAGAAGCAGGGGAGCCUCAACGGACCGGCGGUAUAACAGAACUUUCCUCUGCUGUUCGUAAAUUUAACGAGUUUCUCCGCCUCGAAAUUACAAAAUACAAAUAUCCGCCAGAAUGGGAAGCGCGGUUUUCCGUUGAAGAAGAUGGACUUUACAUCAACUAUCCCAUGCAGACGAGUACGAAACGCAAAUCGAGGGACGGAGCAGGAAGGAAAGAAGACCAUAUCCCUGGCAACGGGGUAAAAAAAAGGGGCUAUAUUCCUGGCAAGACCACCUUUGAUGGGCAAGAUAUUAUUGCGUACGCGAUGAAAUCGUGCCAUUUCAAAGCUUCAGGUGUGGAGGUACCUCAGUAUAGUUUCAUCGUUCGGAGCGAGCCAGACAGCAAAAUUUGCAAGAUAGUGGGAUUCAGGGAUGUUGGAGCUGAAGCAUCAAGGGCCUACCUAAGGAGUAACAAUAAAGUUGACUAUCGAAAGGAACGCCUCCAAAUCCGCCCACAGGAUGAGACAUGCAUUGUGAAAUUAUUAUAUGUUGCUGCACGGGACCAGGGUCCAAAUUCACAUCGCAUUCCUGAUAGAGAAGUCUACGGGGUGUUUAGGAACAAAGACAACAACUCGUUAAAGGGCUGGGCAAAUGCUACCAGGCUAAAAAAUGGUAUUGGCCCAAAGGAAGUUGAGUUCAAGGUGGAGGAACUAUAUGGCAACGAAAAUAAGCCCAUACCUUGGAAGAACGAGGGAAGACACUCCAUACCUUGGAAGAAUAAAGACGGACACUCCAUACCUUGGAAGAAUAAGGACGGACACUCCAUCCCUUGGAACGAGGGCAUACACUCAUCGGCUUUAAGUGUUACCAAUACCAAUAGGCCGGAAAAUUUUCAAUCUACUCUAAACGAGGUACUUGGACUGCUUAAAGGCCUCAUGAAUGAAAGAACUUAG